UACUCAUGCUGAUGCUGCCUUUCUACCAUUCAUCAUUUAUACCGUACUCCAAUCUCUCUCUCUCUCUCUCUCUCUCUCUCUCUCUCUCUCUCUCUAGCCAUGUUUCCUGAUAUCUUCCUUUGUUCUUCGCAUCUUGGAAGCACGAGGAAGAAGAAGAAGAAGGAAGACAACAAUUUCGGAAACCUGGAAACGGAACUUGAAGACCCACAGUUUUUACACUACAUUCCGUUUAACGGAAGCCCGUUGGAAAAGCAGACAAAACUCUGUCUCUGCUCCGAUGACAGUAGAGCGAAGGAAAAAAAGGACAAAAUGAGCAAGGCGUCCAAUUUCACGGAUCUGAUACAGCGAGUCGCAGCCUCUUGUCUGCUGCAUCCGCUAGGUGCCGUCCGGCACGAAUCUGUCGGAAAUGUCGCCGGAGACGAGGAGGAGGAAGUGUACGAGUACGAGAGCGAUGAGGAAGAAGCGGAGGAGCGAGAGGAAGAGAAGGAAGCGGCGAAAAAGAACAAUGGAGAAAAGUAUUAUGGGAUUUGGGAAAGUACAAAGGAGAUGGAGAUGGAGACGAUGAUGAACCAGGUAUUCGAUGUGGUUUCGGCGAUGAAGAAAGCUUACUUGAGCUUACAGGAGGCACAUUGCCCGUGGGACCCGGAGAAGAUGAGGGUCGCCGAUGCGGCGGUGCUGUCGGAGUUGAGGAAGCUUGGGGUUCUGAGAGAGAGGUUCAAGAGGAGCUGCGGCGGCGGCAGGGGGAGAGGUGGAGGAGCUUCGGCGGCGACACUGAGAGAGGUGGUUGCGCCGUACGAGGCGGCGGUGGAGGAGUUGAAGAGGGAGGUGAAAGCGAAGGAAUUGGAGGUUGAGAACCUGAAGGAGAAGCUGAAGAGCGUGGCGAGCCUUAACGGUAACGGUACUGGGAAGAAAGGGAGAUCUCUGUCUAGGAGGAAAGUCAGUUGCAGUCAAGCUCAAGUCGCAGCGGCUCCGGGACCUGAACUAUUCGAGAUGACGAUGAGCCAGGUGAAAGAAGCCUCAAAAUCCUUCACUUCGCUGCUUCUCUCCCUAAUGCGCUCUGCUCACUGGGACAUUGCAGCUGCUGUGCGUUCCAUAGAAGCUGCCACCGCCAGCACCGACAGUGCCGCUGCCUGCGGUGGCUUCAUCACCACCUCCGCCGUCGUCACUUCCCAGCACGCCAAGUUCGCGCUCGAAUCCUACGUGUCGCGCAAGCUCUUCCAAGGCUUCGACCACGAGACUUUCUACAUGGACGGAAGCCUAUCGUCGCUGCUCCAACCGGACCAGUUCCGGCGAGACUGCUUCACUCAGUACAGAGACAUGAAAGCCAUGGAUCCCGUCGAGCUCCUCGGGAUCCUCCCCACCUGUCACUUCGGGAAAUUCUGCUCCAAGAAGUACCUCUCCAUUGUCCAUCCCAAAAUGGAGGAGUCCUUGUUCGGAGAUUUGGAUCAGCAUCGACAGGUACUGGCCGGAAACCACCCCAGGAGUCAGUUUUACGGCGAGUUCUUGGCGAUGGCCAAGGCGGUUUGGCUGCUUCAUUUGCUGGCUUUCUCGCUUGAUCCUGGACCCAGUCAGUUCGAGGCGAGUAGAGGAGCCGAGUUUCAUGCGCAGUACAUGGAGAGCGUUGUUAAAUAUCCCGGUGGGCGGGUUCCUUCGGGUCAGGUUGUUGGGUUUCCGGUUGGUCCCGGGUUCAAGCUUUCCAACGGAUCGGUUAUCAAGGCCCGAGUCUACUUGGUUUCAAGGAAUUAGAGGUUGCCAGAUUUGUGUUUAUAUGACCUUUUGUUUGUUGGGUUUAGUGGGGUUUUAGAUUGAGAUACUAAUAAUACUGGAAAUUUAGUACAUUGCUUUUUUUUUUUUUUUUUUUGUUUUUUGUAUGUUAUUGUGUGUGUGUGUGUGUGUAACGUAUAAAAUAGUAACUUAUGGUAAGGACUGCAAUUAUUGGUCCAUCUAAUCAUUAUUGCUGUGUACUACUUAUAGGUCCUCUC